UCGAGAGAGCUUGGCAGAUGCGUAACCUAUAUAACUAUGCCCAUACAGUCGUGCGUAAGGCGUGUGACAAGCCUUCGUGUGACAGGAGUGAUAACUGUCGAAAUAUAUUGUAAAAUUUUUCGCAUAACAAUGUCCUAGUGCAAUAAAUUUCCUAAGAACACGACCUACACUGUAUUUUAAGACGAGCCUUUCACUGUGUUCCAAAAAACUGUCACGAGUUGGUGAAACGUUUGAAGGCUGAAUGUUGAUCUCGCGCGUACGAUGUACGAAACUGCCACUUCGAAAUUAGUUUCUCGAUAUUUUACUACGACCUGUAAUUAACUAACGGAAACUAUGUCGAAGUCUGAUGGGCCGAAACUCGUGAUUGCGCUUUUCUCCUUCAAGGGGAAGAACAACGACGAAUUAUGCUUUAAGAAGGGAGACAUAAUAACGAUAACUCAAAUAGACGAUGAAGGUUGGUGGGAAGGUACACUAAAUGAUAAGACUGGUUGGUUUCCCUCUAAUUACGUCAAGGAAUAUAGAAUUCCAGAUGAUGGUCAUACAUCAAUUAAAACAUCUCCAGAAAGGAGCCCACAAGAGUCACCUAUACAUCAAAAACUCAAUCGUGAUAUAGUAUUAAAAGAUAUUGUCAAUUCUGAAAGAGUAAAUGUGGCAGAACUACAGGGUUUAAUGAACAAAUUUUUACAACCUCUUGAAACAUCAAAUAUACUGAAAAAAGAUGAAUAUAAGCAGUUACUUGGUAAUAUACACGAAGUCUUGGAAACUCAUCAAUAUUUAUUGGCAAACUUGGAAACAUCCAUUUUACAAGGACUCUCUGCAAGGAUGGGAAAUCUUUUCAUAACCAUCGCACCGAGACUGAAAUCUAUUCACACGACAUACUGUAAUAAUCAUCCACAAGCUGUUUGUAUAUUGGACAGAUACAGAGACGAAUUGAAUGAAUUUAUGGAACGUACUGGAGCAGUAUCGCCUGGUAUAUUAGUAUUAACCACUGGUCUUAGUAAGCCGUUCCGACGAUUGGAUAAGUAUUCUGCUAUGCUUCAAGAAUUAGAAAGGUACACUGAAAAGAAUCACCCUGACAGAGGAGAUACUCAACGUAGUAUAGCAGUAUAUAGAGAAAUUGCGGAUCAUUGCGCUUCCAUACGUAAGCAACGCGAGUUAGCACUUCAAAUAUUAACCAGCGGGAUUAAGGGGUGGGAAGGCGAAGAGUUGAACUCGUUAGGCGAGGUUCUUCACGUUGGAUCUGUAACUCUGGCAACCGGCGUAGAUCGCAGAGACAGAUGCUUCGUUCUAUUUCCCACCACUUUGCUGGUGCUUAGUACCAGUCCAAGGAUGAGUUCCUAUAUUUACGAGGGAAAGCUCCCAUUGACAGGUAUUAAUGUAACUGGAAUUGAAGAUACCGAUGAAAUAAGAAAUGCCUUGGAAAUCACCGGACCAAUGAUCGAAAGUAUCGUUGUGCUGUGUCCCACGAGAGAAGAGAGGCAACGUUGGAUCGAGCUUUUAAUUCAGGAACAAGGCACUAGCCUCCUGAAAUCACCGACUAUGCCCCGCCAGAUGAACAAUCAGAUGAACGGGAAGCAUCAACGACCGACAAUAGAGCAUUGUUCGUCUCCAGGGAUUAAGACACCUUGGAGCCUUGCAUCAUUAAGACCUGCUCCUCCCUUAUAUUCUCUUAAGAAUUUUGGCAAAAUAGAUGCUACUACAGAUACAUCGCGCCCAUCACGAUCAUGCAAUGAACGACAAUUUGAAGAAGAUGCAAUCAUACUGAAAGUAAUAGAAGGUUAUUGUCUUUCUGUCAAUGCAAGGUUCACUAUACAUUCUGGGGAAUCUAACUCAAUGUCAGAUUAUGAGUCACAAAAGUCACGCGACAGGAUAUCAUCUAUGCAUAACAGAGGCAACUGGGAAUCUUGUAACGAUAGGACAUUAUCGGAAACGGUUAAGACUUUAAAGAAUCAAAUGACGGAUUUACAAUCACAAAUGUCAUUACUAACAAAACAACUAGAUGAGGAAAGGAGAUCGCGACUUUCAUUGGCUGCUACAGUAAAACGUAGCAUGGGAGUCAUAGAUGGAUAAAAAUAACAUCAAAGUGUAUAUUCGUAUUCGUAUUAUAAAAAGAACAAUGUUCCAAAAUAGAUUUUUCACGAUCUUCAUUUCUUAUAUACAAAUUUUAACCACGAAUUGUAUAUGUUGCGUGUUGUUGGAAUGUUUUCGUAGUUUACUAUUUGUAUAAUAUAUAUAUAUAUGUGAUAAACAUAGAAUAAGCAUACAUGACAGAAAAAUUAUUUAUGUAUUUUUUUAGUGUAUUGUACACUUAGUAAUAAAGAAUAUACAGAGAA